UAGGCCUUGUGUUGUGUGUGUAUACUUUCUCUUCAAAUAGAGCGAAACCCUACUCCCUUCUCGCUCACCUUCUCCCUCUCCUCCUCCUCCUCCUCCUCUCGAUCUCGCGAAGCUCCAGCAAUGGAGUGCGUCUUCGGCCUCGUGGGCGACGGAUUCGCCGUGGUCGCAGCCGACAGCUCCGCGGUGCACAGCAUCCUCGUCCACAAGUCCGACGAGGACAAGGUCAUGCUCCUCGACUCCCACAAGCUCCUCGGCGCCUCCGGCGAGGCCGGUGACCGGGCGCAGUUUACGGAGUACAUCCAGAAGAACGUCCACCUCUACCAGUUCCGCAACGGCAUCCCCCUCACCACCGCCGCCGCCGCCAACUUCACCCGCGGCGAGCUCGCCACUGCCCUCCGAAAGAAUCCGUAUUCUGUCAAUAUUUUAUUGGCGGGCUAUGAUAAGGACAUUGGCCCGUCUCUCUACUACAUUGACUACAUAGCAACACUCCACAAGAUCGAGAAGGGUGCAUUCGGCUACGGCUCCUACUUUUGCUUGUCGAUGAUGGACCGGCACUACCACAGUGGUAUGUCUCUAGAAGAGGCUAUCGAUUUGGUUGACAAGUGCAUAAUGGAAAUCCGAUCUAGGUUGGUCAUCGCCCCACCGAACUUCGUGAUAAAGAUUGUUGACAAGGACGGCGCGAGAGAGUACGCUUGGCGUAAAUCCAUCAAGAGUGAUUAAGUUAAAAGUGUUUGAUCUGGUUUAACUUAAUUUCUGUCUUCUUAUGAACGGACUUUUCAAUAGAUUCAAAUGAAUGUAGGGAUGCGAAUUCAUACAGAACGGAACAUCUGGACUGUUUGUAAACAAGCAUGCUUUCUUUCAGAGAAACUUUCUUCUGUAAACAUUCCUUCUUGUCUUUCAUUUAGUGAUGCGAAAAUAUAUUGAUUGGCGAAAAUAUAACUGUCCUGUAAACUUCAAUAUUUAUGCAUUUGGUGUCCUCAUGUUUCAUGGUUUUAGUU